AUGGCGGAUUCCCAUGCGUUGCCCGAAACCCAAUUAGCAUCUGAGAUCAAUGAUCAGCUCGAACGAAAAGACAUAAUCACUUUUAUGGAUGCUAAAUGGUACAAUGCUGCAGCAGAAGGCCAAAUCAACCCGUUCAGACAUUACACAGACCCUCUAGAUCUUUUGCGUACCCCAAAUCAAAAUACAGUCCUGCAUGUUUACAUCACAGCAGUACAAAAUGAAACGGAAGAAUCCACUGAAUUUGUGAAAUUAGUUAGCAGAAAGUGUCCAUCGCUGCUAGCUGAGCCCAACAUCAAAGGUGAAACCCCACUGCACAUUGCAGCAAGAUUCGGGCACAAAAAUAUAGUCGAAUUUCUUAUUCAUAGCAUCAAAAAGGCUCAAUUCGAAGACCUUGAGAGAGGCGCAGAGGCAUCAACAAGUGAUAAGAUGCUGAAGAAGACAAGCACAGACGAAGACACGGCCUUACAUGAGGCUGUGAGAAAUAAUCAUCCUCAAGUGGUGGAAAUAUUGAUUAGAGAAAAUCCUGAAUUUGCGAACACAGCUAAUGCCGCAGGAGAAAGCCCGCUUUACCUUGCAGCGGUGAGAGAGAACACUAGCAUUGCUUCUAAGAUAUUGGAGAUAUGUCUCUCACCUGCAUACACCGGUCCCAACGGUAGAACAGCUUUGCACGAAGCUGUGAUAAGUGGAGAUGCAGAUUUGACAAGAAAAAUACUGGAUAAAAACAGCAGUCUGACCAGAGAACAAGACAAAGAAGGAUGGACUCCGCUGCAUUAUGCUUCCUACUUCAAUCUUCUUCCAAUUGUGGAAAUGUUACUUGAAGAUGAUAACAAAUCUGCUGCCUAUAUUGGCGAAAAUUAUGGAAAGAAACCUCUUCAUAUUGCAAUUCUCAAUGGCAAUAGCCAUUUAAAGGUGGUGGAAAAAAUUAUGUCAGACUGCCCAGAUUGUUGCGACCUGAUUGACAAUAGAGGCCGGAAUGUUCUCCAUUUUGCUGUGGAAAGCGGCAGUUUUGAAGGAAUGCGACUUAUUACUGAAAAACCUUCCCUGGCCAACCUAAUCAAUCAGAAAGAUAAAAAAGGGAACACUCCAGUCCAUCUAGUCGCUGCUCUUGGCUUUGAAGAUUGUUGUCUUACAGAACACCACCUAGUAGAUAAAAAGGCCGUCAAUAAUAAGAAUUUAACCGCUCUGGACGUGGUGCUAGAAACGAAGCAUAAAAGCAAAUUGCCAUUACCGGGAUUGACAGCAAGAUUCUUAAAGAACGCUGGAUAUAAACGAGGUCGGCCUGUAAUCCAGCUGAAAUCACCUGAUAGCGUGUCAAUAGUUGACAAUGAGUUAAUCCGUAUAUUCGAGGAAACAAGUAAAUCCCAUCAGAUAGUAGCCACUCUCAUAGCAACAGUAACUUUUGCGGCAGGUUUCACCGUACCUGGCGGUUACAGUAAUAACGAUGGCCCUGACGAAGGAACAGCAAUUUUAACUAGAAGAUCAGCCUUCAAAACUUUCCUUGUAACCGAUACCCUUGCGUUGACCCUCUCCAUUUCUGUUGUGCUUAUCCAUUUCUUAUUGGCAUUGCAACCAAGCAAAAGAAAGAUCUUUUUUCUAUUCACUUGGGCAUUUAUUUUCACUGUUGUUGCUAUGGAACUAAUGGUGGUGGCGUUCGUGACUGGUGUGUAUGCAGUGAUGCCACAUUCCUCAUCAGGUCUUGCGGCCACCAUUUGCGUCAUUGGAAUUGUGGAAGUGUUACUAGAACUUGAUAAAUCUGACGCCCAUAUUGGCAAGAAUUAUGGAAGAACACCUCUUCAUCUUGCGAUUCGCAAAGGCAGAAGUCAUUUAAAGGUAGUGGAAAAAAUUAUGUCAGACUGCCCAGAUUGCUGCGACCUGGCUGAAAAUGGAGGCCGGAAUGUUCUCCGUUUUGCUGUGGAAACCAACACUUAUAAAGUAAUGAGAACUAUUACUGACCAUGCUUCCCUGGCCAACCUAAUUAAUCAGAAAUAUAAAGAAGGGAACACUCCGGUCCAUCUACUCGCUGCUAUUGGCUUUUUUCCUCUUGGUAUAGUUAAUCACCGCCUAGUUGAUAAAAAGGCCGUCAAUAAGGGCAAUUUAACUGCUCUGGAUGUGGUGGAUGUACAGAAAGAAGCCUAUAGAGGGCUGGAUAUGAACGAGUUCGGCAUUCAAUCAGGCAGGCAAUACUUGAUAGGACGUCAACAUUCGACAGUGAGUUAA